AUGGCGAACCACCGCGCCGCCGCCCUCCUGACGAUCGCGUCGCUCCUCGUGGCGGUCGCCCUCGCCGACGCGAGGCUCACCGUGCACCUCGACGCGCUUGGACGAGGACGAGUUUACUUCGCCAGUGAUGCCGCGGCGGUGCCGGCGCUGAGCUGCAGCGAGGUGCACGGGGUGAAGGCGGGCGAGACGUGCUCCUCCGUGGCGCAGGCGGCGGGGCUGACCCAGGACGUGUUCCUCGGCUUCAACCCCAACAUCAACUGCGAGAAGGUCUUCGUCGGCCAGUGGGUCUGCCUUGCCGCCACUUCAGCUUGA